AUGGAACAGCUACAGAAGGAAGUAUUUGAGGUCAAGAAGGAGGAAAAGGAAGAGGCAGUGAUAGCAGCAGGUGAAACCUCAGACCCAAGCGGAGGACCAGAUUGUUCGCUGCCUUCUAGCAGCUAUACAGACCUCUCCCAGAGCUCUUCUCCAUCCCUGUCGGACCAACUCCAGAUGGGCUGCGAGGAAACAUCCGCUGCAAGUCUGAAUGUGGAAUGCAGGGUCUGUGGGGAUAUAGCAUCAGGAUUUCAUUACGGAGUGCAUGCAUGCGAGGGCUGCAAGGGUUUCUUCCGUCGGACGAUCCGCAUGAAGCUGGAGUAUGAGAAGUGUGACCGGAACUGUAAAAUCCAGAGGAAGAACCGGAACAAGUGCCAGUAUUGUCGCUUCCAGAAAUGCCUCUCACUGGGCAUGUCGCACAAUGCAAUUCGUUUUGGCCGCAUGCCAGAAGCAGAGAAGAGGAAGCUGGUAGCGGGUCUGACGGUGAGCGAGAUCAGCUGCCAGAACCCGCAGGUGGCUGACCUGAAAGCUUUCUCCAAGCACAUCUACGAUGCCUACCUGAAAAACUUCAACAUGACCAAAAAGAAGGCAAGAGGCAUCCUCACUGGGAAGACCGGCAGCACCCCGCCGUUCGUGAUCCAUGACAUGGACACCCUGUGGCAGGCAGAAAAGGGGCUGGUCUGGAAGCAGCUUGUGAACGGGAUCCCUCCAUACAAGGAGAUUGGGGUCCACGUCUUCUACCGCUGCCAGUGCACCACGGUGGAGACGGUGCGGGAGCUCACAGAGUUCGCCAAGAGCAUUCCCAGCUUCCUCGGCCUCUACCUGAAUGACCAGGUGACCCUGCUGAAGUACGGGGUCCAUGAAGCCAUCUUCGCCAUGCUGGCCUCCAUCAUGAACAAGGACGGGCUUCUGGUGGCCAACGGGAACGGGUUUGUGACACGUGAGUUCCUGCGCAGCCUGCGCAAGCCCUUCAGCGAGAUCAUGGAGCCCAAGUUUGAGUUUGCCGUGAAGUUCAACGCCCUGGAGCUGGACGACAGCGACCUCUCUCUUUUUGUGGCUGCCAUUAUCCUGUGCGGGGACCGCCCUGGCCUGAUGGACGUGAAGCAGGUGGAGGGGAUACAGGACAACAUCCUCCAGGCCCUGGAGUUCCACCUGCAGGCCAACCACCCGGACGCUCAGUACCUCUUCCCCAAGCUGCUCCAGAAGAUGGCUGACCUGCGGCAGCUGGUGACCGAGCACGCGCAGCUGGUGCAGAAGAUUAAAAAGACAGAGACGGAGACCUCAUUGCACCCGCUUCUGCAGGAAAUCUACAAGGACAUGUACUGA